AUGGACCAUGCGGGCGAUCUUCCGAGCCUUGAUCAGCUCUGGACUAUCCAGUACAACGGCAACAUUGUCUGCUUUGCUUGCGGUCAAGACCUUGGUGACGAGGUUUUGAUUCGAUCUUUCCGACCUAUACAGAAGCACUUGACGAGGGAGCUACCGCCCUGCUCUCGCAUCAUCAACGGACUCAACUACGAUUUCCUGAUCUUCGAUCGACAUCACCGCUGCAUCAAAGCCCGUACAAUAACUGCUAUAUCGCAUGCUUGGAAUGGCGCCGUAAGCGAUGCAAAUCGCGCAGGAGAGGCAGCUUCUCCACAACUUCAGCGCCAAGUGUCGGCAAUAAUCUUCAAUUCACUGGAUCGAAUCAGCAAGGGUCUCUUUCCCCAUGUAGAGGAUGGCUCCGAGAUCUGGUACGACUACAUCAGCGUACCACAGUGGGUAAAGAAGAUAAAGGACAACAUCAUACGUGUGAUUCCAGACCUCUUUUGCAACGCCAAGUUUACUCUGGUCCAUUUACACGAUGUUGGCACGGAUGCUGUGCAUCUCCUGAGGCAUAGUACGAGCACUAGGGAUCGGAUCAACGGUGUCACCAGUAUUUGCAAUGCCCGUUGGUAUGCACGAGUUUGGACCGCCAUGGAAUUCAUCCGAAGUUCAGAUGUCAAAGUGAUGAUGAGGGAGGGUACACUGAUCGAGGAUGCGCCGUACGUAUUCCUCGGUAAAACGCAGGCAGUGUGGGAUGAAGAGCGCAAGAACUUCGAGAGAGUCCAGGACCUUGAGCGCUUUGCGGAGAUUGGAAAGAACAUGGUCCCGUGGAACUUGGGUAUGCUCAUUGAUGCAAAGAAGCGGGGCACCAUUGACUUUGCCAACGCUUUCGCUAUUCUCGCGAGGAGAGGGUGCUUCAGUGACAUGGAUUUUGCGCACGCUUUACUCGGUAUCGUAAAAGCCGAUCUGAAGGAUGUCGAGAUUGAGAAGGACAGGAGGAAAGCAAUGCUACAGAUUGCGGUUGCUUGUAUGAAGAAAGGAGACUACAGUCCGCUGUUGAUCAAUCCGCGGUCGGACGGUGUGACUGAGGCCGAGCUACCGCCUAUACUCAAGAUAUCGGGCUACCUCGAUGUCAUGGCUUUCGGGCUGGGCAACCGCCACGGAUUCCCCGAGCACCACUUGGACUCGACCUUCUCCGACGACCAAUGCAACAUCAAGCUCGAAGUCGUGGGAGAAGUCACUUUUGCAUCUCAGAUGCACCAUCUCGCCGACCGCAACAUGUGCAGAUUCCUACAAUGUGCAAUGUUUGCACUCGACCACACGGGGCCAAACGUACCGCAAUUCAUCGAAACGGUCGCAGGACGAAUUUACAACUUCCAUAGACACGACCUGGAUGCUCUUCUGGCGGAUUUCUUCGUCUGCCGAAAGAUUCAAGACAUACUCGACGGCUGGUACAACAGCACCACGCGGUUCGCAAUGGUGCACAUGGAAACCGCACAGCGCUUAGUCGACCUCAUGGGCCUGACACGCAUACUCAAACAUACCCAUCCCUUCAACACACCGCUGGGUUACUUGGACGAGCAUGGCGGAGGUAUCCAUGGCUAUUCGCCUGCAAGUCUGAUUGCGGCGAGAUGCCCUGGCUGCAACAAGAGUUUUGUGUACCAGGUUGGCUUGCAUCGACCGCCGAGCGAGGUCCGUGGAUCUGUUGCCUAUCGGCUUACGGGGAUAUUCUAUGAGUUUGGUAAGCCUGAUGGGGCGGGUAUUCUUGUGAAGAAUGGGAGGAUAGUGGCGACCAUGGUGUGGGCGACUCGGGCUUGCGAUUGCAGAGUCGUGGAUGUAGUUGAUGUUAAGCUGGAGAAUCUGCCAACGCGGAUUCCAAGACAGUAG